GCCCUGUGUGCGCUGCUGGCGCAUUCGCACGAUGGCCUCUUCAGCUAUUAUCCGCCGUACUUCGCAAAGGGUUGCGUUAUUUGGCUCCGCGCCCUUCGACAAUGGUUGGGGACUCAGAGGCACAACCGCUCGACCAGGAUCUGGAUGUUUUGGUGGAGGAGAAAUCUAUCCUUACCCUCGACCUCCGGGACAUAUCCACCAAAGAUCUCGAAGCACCUAGUAUCAAGUGGCUGCUUGAGACAUCCACUGAUCCUGAAGUAGUUCUCGCUACUGCCAAACUUGUUCCGCAGGUCGAAUGGCCCCUGGAUCUUGAUGUUUCAGACAUGCUGCAUCAGCUGUCUGAUAUUUUUACGAGCUGCGUCGAUGUUCAAGGGAACAUCGUACCAUCGUUGGAGGAGAAGGCCUCAGCAUGUACAACGGCUCUAACUCAUCUAUACUAUGGACGUGUUCUUCAGGCACAUCCUCGCUGUGACAAUUUUAUUGUCGGUGAGAGAGGAGACGCUGACGUGUUUUGGGAGAUUUUCCGUGGAGGCAUCUGUACAACAGACCGCACGGUUCUUCACACGACUAUAAAUCUUUGUAGUCCAAAUAGCUUGCCAUAUGCUCCGCUUGUGUCAGAGGCUUGCCCUGACUCCGUCCUUGAGCGGCUGUCGCAUCUUCUUCCUUAUCACUUUGUUACUGGACGAGCGAAUACACACAUAGAAGACCUCGCGAUAACGGUGAUAUCAAAUUUGCUAUCCUCUCCAUCCCCUCCGUCGACCCAGAUCAUAGCCAAUUGCACUCUUCUUGCCUGCGUCAUGGUCAGGACUCAGGUUGACAAGAAAGACAUAAUUCGGAUUGAUAAAAGGUGCCAUCGACUCAUUUGGUGGUUUUUCUCGAUGAUUAACAAAGAGAUCAUGUAGUUCUUUUUUGCCUAAACUCAGUGGCCUCCUUUUGGCUCAUUUCCAAAAGGCUCUCUGGGCAUGGGAUGGAGAUGAGCUCGACGA